AUGGUUAUCGAUUCUGGCCGGGAGUCCGUGGCGUAUCAUGUCCCAACGCCUGCAGAGGACAAGCCUACAACGAAGCAGCUACCGGUGACCUUGCUCUCGGGUUUUCUAGGAAGUGGAAAGACCACUCUAUUGAAACACAUCCUCAAGUCACCCGAUCAUGGCUUACGCAUCGCUGUCAUUGUGAAUGACAUGAGUCAGCUCAACAUCGAUGCUGCCCUCAUCAAAAACCACAAGGUCUCUCAAACUACAGAGAAACUCAUUCAGCUACAGAAUGGCUGUAUCUGCUGUACCCUCCGUGGAGACCUUCUCUCCGAAUUAGCACGUCUCACAAAACAAAAUGAGAUCCAAUAUGUUAUCAUUGAAAGCACGGGCAUUAGUGAGCCAAUGCAGGUCGCCGAGACAUUUACCGCAGAGUUCAGUGCUGCCAUGCUGGAGGCUGAGGACCAGAUCGCAGACACAGAUGAGGACACAAAGAAGGUCCUGAAAGAAAUCGUUGAGAUGGGUGGUCUACACACAAUGGCUCGUCUCGAUACCACAGUAACAGUCAUCGAUGCCUUUAACCUCCUCUCAAACUUUGACACCACAGAGUUUCUAUCUGAUCGCUAUGGACGAGAUGAGAUUGUUCUCGAGGAUGAACGUACAAUCUCCGACCUCAUGGUGGACCAGAUCGAGUUUGCCGAUGUACUCAUCAUCAACAAGAUUGAAACCGUCGAUCAGGCAACCCGUGACAAGAUCUCACAAUUGAUCAAGCUACUCAACCCGGACGCCAAGGUUCUCAUGUCCACCUACUCACAGGUCGAUGUGCGUGAGAUUGUUGCGACAAACAGAUUCGACUUUGUGCGGGCCGCCUCUGGUGCAGGGUGGCUUCGUAGCUUGCAUGAGAUGACAAUCCGUCAGACUGGCAAUGGGGAACGCAUGGCUCCUAAGCCAGAGACCCUGGAGUACGGAAUAAACAACUUUGUAUACUCCGCUCGGCGGCCUUUCCAUCCACGUCGUCUCUUUUCUCUCCUCCACGAUAAGUUCAUUAUUCUUCAGAAUAACGAAGAGGAGGACGAGGAAGACGAGAACGAUGAUGAUGAGCAAGAGGAUGAGAUGGACACCGACUCCGACUCCGUGGAGGACUUCGGCCAACCAGAUCCCGAGGACAUCUUAAAAAACAAGCGUCAACACCCUGCCUUUGGGCCUGUCUUGCGCUCGAAGGGCUUCUUCUGGCUACCAACUCGGCCAUUCCAAUUUGGCGAGUGGAACCAAGCAGGCGGUAUGUUGACCGUUGGCUGCGGAGGCCCUUGGUUUGCCGAGGUACCUGAUGAGGCCUGGCCCGAAGAUGAAGAUGUCAUCAAGUCAAUUCAAAACGACUUCCAGGGCCCCUGGGGAGAUCGGCGCCAAGAGCUUGUGUUCAUUGGAGAGGGCAUUGAUCAAGCUGCGAUUUCGGCCAUUCUGGACGAGUGUCUGCUGAGUGACCACGAUAUGAAGCAGUGGGAGAAGGUCAUGAAGAACAAAAAGCUUAGCCGAGAGGCCAAAACUAAAAAGCUGGCCAGUAUUUGGGAAGAUGGUUGGGAGGAAUGGCCUGCUUUUGAGAUUGAAGAUGAGGAGGAGCUGGGGAAGCACCGCAUCAGCGAGUAUUUAGGUCAUCAGCAUGGCUCUAAGACGGGCCAUAAGCAUAGCCAUCACUAG